AUGGACAGUUCAGUCUGUAAAAGCCGACAAGACAACCAGAUCACAUUUAUUUCUACCGGAACCGUCAAGAUCAAGACCGCUAUGAAAGGCCAGCCUAUCACGAAUCGAAACGUAAUCAUGCGUCGAUUGCGAUCGCUUGUCGACUCGCAAUGGUCUGAGGAGCUUCCCAUCGGCGUCUUCCUUAUUUCUCACCCAGAUGGACCGGUUCUUUUCGACACAGGGGAGUCGCCUCACGCCAACGAUCCUGGGUUCAGGCGUUUCUGGAGCCCAAUCAGCAUGUUCAGCAUCACCGAAAUCGACCACGCGGAUGGCAUCGUGCCUCAGCUCAAAGUUCACGGAGUUGAGCCCAGAGACCUCCAGGCCAUUAUUCUUAGUCAUUUACAUGGUGACCAUGCUGGAGGUCUUCUAGAACUAGUUACUGCAGCGCCGGAUGUCCCCGUGUAUGUAAGCCAAGAUCAUUGGGCUGCAUUUGGGAGUAGCCCCGUGUUCGCCACCAUGCAGGGCUGCAACCCGGAUCGUUGGCCGAAGCCAUUUAACCCCCGUCUCUAUACGUUCUCUGAUGGACGUAUCGGUCCAUGGAAGCACUCUUCAAAUAUUACCUCCGAUGGACGUAUCAUCGUCGUUCCCACGCCUGGGCAUGUUCCGGGGCAUGUUUCAUUGAUAGUGCGUGGAGUUAGCCCUGUUGGAACCGAAACGACCUACCUUUUGCCGGGCGACGCUACGUAUAGCAUCGAUUUACUAGACAAGGAGGAGCCAGACGGAAUCAAUGACGAUCCUUUGGGCGCUCUGCAGAGCUUGAAACUAAUCAAGCAAUACGCGGCGCAGGUUGAACUGGUGGUUUUGCCGAGUCAUGAUCCAAAAACGCCUAAAUUACUCGCAGACCGGGCGGUAUACGUUCCCAAGCCUACGACUGUCGCCUGA